CACGAUUUUGUGGAGCCGUGCUCCCUUCUUUUUUUUUUACUUGACUUCUUGGCCUAGUGCCCUCUUCCAACUCCUUUUACUUUCCUUCGUCCACGACGCCAGUCAUCAUGGUCAAUUUCACCAUUCUCGCAGGAGGUUUCUCCACGUUCAUUGCCACCUACAUUUUUGACUCGGACGCCAACUCUUUGACGUUGUCAAAGCAGACAACGACAGGGAACAACCCAUCCUGGAUUGCGUCGCAUCCUCAGAACUCUAGCAUUCUUUACGCCGUUAAUGAAAUCCAACCUGUUGGAAACCUUCAAUCGUUCAUCGUUGGCUCGGACGGAGGGCUGACGUUAGUUGACACGGUUUCGACUGGAGGGAAUGGACCGACUUUCACGAAUCCCCUCAGUACCGGUGAAGUGACAGGCAUGAACUUUGGAUCUCCCGACUGCGCCCUGGUCGCUACCGUCCCUGGAGACCCGCUUCAUUUCCAGAAAAUCUCGCCUGUCGUCGAGUUCCCUGUGAACGGUGGCCCGUCUAAUCCUCAUAUGUCGCUCGAGUCCAACGGAGAGGUCUUCGUCUCUGAUUUCGGAGCCGACAAAAUCUGGCGACUCGUCAAGGAUGGCGCACCAGGCAAUUUUAAGGUUCAAGGGCAAAUUGAUGUUGCUCCUGGUAAUGGACCGAGGCACAUAGCCAUUCGAGACAACGUCCUCUUCAUCGUCAAUGAAAAGACCUCCACCCUAACGGCCCAACAAAUCCCACAGGCACCUAACGGAACCACCUUGCCCCUCAUCGCGAACGUCUCCAUCAUCCCCACCGACGUCAACCUCAAGAGCACCUUCGCCGGCGCCGAACUCAUCAUCUCCGAACCCACCAAGCAAUUCCCCGACUCCCUCAUCUACGUGAGCAACCGGAACCUUGGGCCCGAGUUCGACCCGCGCGGCGACUCUAUCGCCAUCUUCCAGUUCAGCAACGGUUCCUCUACCUCCCCCACGACCCCAGUGACGACGUCGUCCGGCACAUGUUCCAAGCACAAGCGGAUGGUCAAGGUCCACGCGAGGCAUCAGGCCAGACAAACCCAAGGCACUGUGUCUGGAAAGUUGACCCUCGUGAACCAGGUGUUCACAGGUUUGAAGCAGAUCAGGAGCAUGGCCAUUGGGCCCCUGUCGAUUGCGGGUGCGGAGGAAUUUUUGAUCGCAGGUGCGAAUGUGGAUGGUGGCGUUGUCAUGUACCAGAGGACGAAUGGGGGGAAGAACUUGACGGAGCUGGUGAGGAAUACGGAUGUUCAGAACCGAACGAGUUUCGUGUUCGUCUAG